AUGGAUAACAAUGAUGACUCAAUCCAUAGCCCACAAAGUUCUGAAAAUCAUGAACAAUUUGAAGUCCAAAAUGAUGAAGAGAAAGAAGAGGCUCCAGUCCAAGAAGUUUCUACAAAGAUGGCAUUACAAUGUGCCAGGAAGCUAACUUUCUAUUCGAUACAUAUGGGCAAUAGAGAAUUGUUACAAUUUUCUGAGAACAUUGAAAAUAUUUUAGAAAUUGAAUUUAUAUCAAAAAAGAUUUUGAUGUUGAGUCUUGAGGAGAGGACAGUUAAGAGGAGAGGACAGUUUGGUCAUUCCCCAACUUUUACUGUCCUAGAGAAUCGUUUCAAGCUCGAAGUUAAUUUGUGUGUGUGUAACAAACAUUUGUCCACCUGCCAGCAAGGUAGCCAGCACAAGGUGAGGAUUUAUGGCUCCAUCGGUAACCAGCUCAAGAGAACAAGAUAUGGAGAUAAUGAUGAUGAUGAAAGAUGUAAGCAUGUUGGGGGCUGUUCAACUCAGAUCAAUCAACUCAAAUCUCUUGACGGUACCAACUACCAAGCUUAA